AUGGUACGAGAUAGCUAUUCCCCCUGUGUUUUAUUUACCCGGGCUACUUCAGUUGACACGACGUUUCUCACUAUAUGCCCUAUCGUCCGUUUAAGUCCUGGUGAGGUCUCAGUGUCGGAUAUCAGUGCAUCCCGAGAGAUCCAUCGAGUGGGAGGGCAGUUCCUGAAAUCGCCGUGGUAUCUGACCCUCACAGCUAAGGGAGUUGAAAACCUGUUCAACACCAUCGAUCCACAAUUUCAUGGGCGCCACCGGCGUCUUCUUUCUAUGCCGAUGUCAGAUACCUCUCUCCGCGGUGUCGAACCUUUGGUCAAUUCCAAGAUCCAGUUUACCAUUCAACGUAUGAAAGGUGAUAUAGAGCGAACAGGUGUUGUCGAUAUUUACAAGUGGUGGAUCCUCAUGGCAAGCGACAUUAUCGGUGAGCUGAGCUUUGGGGAAUCACUUGGCUUACUAGAGAUUGGAAUGGAAAGUCCAUUCAUCACUGAUCUCAAAGCCGUCGGUACGAUGGAAGCCUUGAAUACAACAUUCCCUUGUCUCGUAAACCUUGCGAGUAUCUUUCCUCUCCCUUUCAUUCCAAAUGUGGUAUCUGGCGGCCGCCGAAUGGUGCAGUACGCGGAUGAAGCCCUUGCACGCUACAAGAAUCACCUUGUCACCAAUGCAGAAAACCCAAAGGUGUCACUUUUUACCAGGAUCUACAAGGCUACCGAGGACGGACUGACCGACGCCGAAGUUAGAGACGACGCUCUCAGCUAUAUCAUCGCGGGAAGCGAUACCACUGCUACUUCUCUGACAUACCUUGUGUGGGCUGUUUGCCGUAGUCCCCGUAUAAAGCAGGCGUUGCUGGAAGAGGUGAACUCUCUUCCUGAUGGCUUCAAUGACCAAGAUACUCGCCGACUGUCCUUCUUAGGCCAAGUCAUCAACGAGACCCUUCGUUUUUUUAACCCAUCUCGCUGGGAAAACGCGACAAAGCUAAUGAAAGAUGCGUUUAUGCCAUUUGGCGGAGGUUCUCGCAUCUGCAUCGGGCUACACCUGGCCCUACGCGAGAUCCGUCUAGCAACUUGUUAUUUCUUCCGCACAUUCCCUCAUGCAGAAGUAUUCGACGAGAAGACCACUGAUGCGGAUAUGGAGCAAGUAAUAUACUUUUUGAUGGCACCGAAAGGAAAGCGGUGCUUCAUCAAAUCUCCGGGAUCAGUCUAA